AUGCCCGAUCCCCGCGUCUUCAUCGUCCGCCAUGGCGAAACCGAGUGGUCCCUCAACGGCCGACACACAGGCACAUCCGACAUCCCCCUAACCGCCAACGGCGAAUCGCGCAUCCGCGCCACAGGCAAAGCCCUCGUCGGCUCCGACCGCCUCAUCGUCCCCAGCAACCUCGCACACAUCUACGUCUCCCCCCGCACCCGCGCCCAAAAAACCCUCCAACUCCUCUCCCUUGGCUGCCGCGACCGCUUCCCCUGGGCCCCCGACGCCCCGCCGCCCCUCGACCCCCGCACAAACGCCCACAUCCAAGUGACCGAGGCCGUGCGCGAGUGGGACUACGGCGACUACGAGGGCCUGACAUCCUCGCAAAUCCGGGAGUCACGCAAGUCGCGCGGCCUCAGUGAAGACUGGGAUAUCUGGCGCGACGGGUGCGAGGGCGGCGAGAGCCCUGAAGACGUGACGGAGCGCUUGGACAAGCUGAUUGCGGAACUCAGGGAGAAGUUUCACAAGGAUACGUUUGGGAAUGGCAAGGGCGGGCCGAACGAUGUGCUGAUUGUGGCGCAUGGGCAUAUUCUGCGUGCGUUUGCGGCGAGGUGGGUGGGGAAGCGGUUGGAGGAGAAUCCGAGUUUGAUACUCGAGGCGGGAGGGGUGGGCACGUUGAGUUAUGAACAUCAUAGGAUUGAGGAGCCGGCGAUAUUGUUGGGCGGUGCGUUUGUGGUGGAGGUUGUGGAGAAGGAAGAGGAGGGGAAGAAGUGA